UUCGUGCCCUCUUCACUUCGGUAUGUUAUGCUUCCUGCCGCGUGCUCAGUAUGGCUCAGUAUCGAAGAUCAGCCCUUAGAGUAAACACGUCUUGAGAUUCCAGGCAUCGAAGGAACCGAAACGAAAUAUGUGACUGAACGUCGAUAAUUACCUUAAUGCGCGCAUUUUGCAAUUUAUUUCAAUGGAUACUUUACAUAUUAUUUCCAUACACCGGUAUGUUAAAAGUGCGAAAUAUCCGGAUACCCGAGUAGACAAGAAAUACACGGAUGUAGGAUAUACACAGCUAACCUGAAAAACAUCAAAAUACCGACGCUGGAAAUGCUGCUCGAGAUGCCGAUUUCAAUAAAUUCAACCGAUGCAACCAGGUUUGCGGCAAUCCGGCGUGGCGAGAGAUCGGGAGCAGAUGGUAACAUUGAUGCCUUUGGGUAUCGUAAGAAUGCAUAAGAGACAGAUAGAUCCAAUGAUGUACAGAGCUGCACAUCCGGUUCGUCGACCCGUGAACAUCAAAAUUGGCGUUGGUAUCAGGGACCAGUCGAGCAAUUAUUCCAUCAAGAGGGAGUUUCCGCGCCGCAGAGAAUCACCGCCAUUAAUCUUCGAUUAAGCGUUCACCGAUCGGUCAAGUAUUCAACUUGGAAUCGUCGAUCAACGCUGUCACUGGUUAUAUGAUAGAAAAUAAGUGGACGAUAAUCUAAUAAAACCAACCAUGGCCAUCUGUUACAUUCGCUAAUCAGCUGAUAAUACCGGGGACAUCGCUAUAGAAACGAACAGGAAGAUCAGCUCGAAUAGUUCACGGGAGUUUUCCCAGACCUCCCGUGACAAGGAGCAAGCAAAACCUCGCCAAUAAAAGGAAAGAGAAAAGAAGAGGUUGAUCUUUGUGCAACAGACGUCUUAUCCCACGGAUUUCUUCCUCUUGCUCCGUAACCACGCGGACCUCUACGAGCGUGCAAUUGCGAUCGCUUGUGUGGCUAUCAUUGUGCUGCACGUGACACCGGCCUAUUACAACACACAGAGGAAGCGUUAGACUGACAUUUACAGAUGCAAAAAUAGCACCGCUGGUAAAAGUACUUCGCUGAGAAUGUCCUGACCUUCAGACGUUCGCCAGUCGAGGAUUACUUCGAAGAUAAGAACAUUGACGAAGCAUUCCUUAUUUUCCAACAGACGUUUCUCUUCGUCAAUCAAGAGGAUCCAAGUGGAAACGUGGUAGUAAAGGGGAAAACAAUGUUCGUCCGAGUUUUCAGAGUAGUCCAAGACGUCGUGGAAGGUGGAGUUGCUAGGUGACGAUGUGGACGAUUUUACUGCUCGCACUAUCCACGUGGUCUUCGUCAUGGGGUCAAGUGAUCAACCGAGCACCGCAUUUCGUGCAAGGUGGGGACAUGGCCAGAUUGGCCGUGUCAGAGGGCACACCGCCGGGCGCACCUGUCUACACUCUCCAAGGAGAAGAUCCUGAAGGAUCUCAAUUACAUUACUCCAUCAGCGGGGAAUACUUCACGGUGAAUCGGGACACUGGUGUCGUCGUACUGAGAAAGGUGCUCGACAGGGAGACGCAGGACUUGAUCGAAGUGAUCAUCAGCAUAACGGACGAAGGAGUCGCAGGAUCAGAGCCCAAUACUGUGUCCCUUCGUCGCGAGAUCGCAGUGUUGGAUGAAAACGAUAAUCCUCCGGUGUACCAUGGCAGACCGUACGCAGCCAGGGUGCCGGAAAGUGCACAAGUGGGUGGGCUAUUGAUUCCUCCAGGUACGAUCACGAUCACCGAUCGCGAUGGUGGCGUGAACGCGGAUGUUCACGUGGAAUGCGUCCCCGCGACGCGGGAUGACGACGUCUGCGAGGUCUUCAAUAUUUCCACGGAGAAGUUAGCUGAGGGUAAAUACGCCGUGCAGAUCACUCUGAUGAAACCUCUGGAUUAUGAAAGAAGAAAUUCUUAUUUGAUCAAUCUGGUAGCAGUGGACGGUGCCAGUAACGCGUCUAAGAGGUUACAAGCUAGAGCAACAGUGGCCGUCGACGUUCUCGAUGUCCAGGAUCAGCCACCCGUGUUCCUGAACGCGCCUUACAACGCGGCGCUUCCUGAGAACACGCCAGCUAGUCACACGAUCCUGACAGUCAGAGCACGCGACGGUGACACGGGAGAGCCUAGAAAUCUCCUUCUAACGUUAGAAGACGAAGACUCUGGUCACUUCGACCUGGAAGUAUCGAGAGAAGGUGACGCGACGAUUGGCAGACUCGUCACCACCAAUGUCUCCCUCGACAGAGAAGAUCCUAGAAUCCUGCAGAACGGUGGAAUUUACACUUUCCAAGUGAAAGCGACGGAAUUGAUCAAUAAUGAGAUCCCAGCUGACACUGCAACAUCGAUCGUUACCAUCGUGGUCACUGAUGUAGAUGAUCUCGUACCUGUUUUCAAUCAGAACUACUUCAACAUCUCCAUUUCCGAAGACAUUGGUAGAGAUACACCCUUGCCAGGUCUGAAUAUGAUCGUGAGUGAUGGAGAUGUGGGUGAGAAUGCGAAGUAUACCCUAGCUUUGAGGGACGUGCCAGAGUAUCCUGGUAUCAGUCAAGCGUUUACUGUCAAUCCUGAAGAAGCUCAAGGCCGAGUUCCAGUGGUGGUGAAAGCGAAGGAUGUCAGUGUCCUGGAUUACGAUGUGGAUGAUCCUGCGAAGAGACAGCUGGAGUUUGAAGUUGUUGCACUGGUUGCAAAUGAAGUGGUAGCUACGAGCAGAGUUCACAUACACCUGAUGGACGCAAACGACCACAGCCCCGAAUUCUCCAAAUCGAUCUACAUGUUAUCAGUACCCGAGGAUGCUCAAAUAGGAACACGUUUCGCUGACGUUCUCGCGAAAGAUUACGACAGUGGUUCCUUCGGAGAACUGACAUACAUUUUGCGUGGUUUUGGUUCGGAUAAAUUUGUUACCGAUCCCAAAACCGGUGGAAUCUCCGUGGCGAAACCAUUGGACUACGAGACCCAGAGAUCUUAUUCCUUGACGAUGGAGGCGAAAGAUGGCGGAGGAAGAGUGUCUACCGUGAACAUUUUAAUAGAACUGGAGGAUGUUAAUGAUAAUAAGCCGAUUUUCGAGCAGGCUGAGUAUUCGAGGACGAUUCGAGAGGGUGCGACCAGUUUCGACCCCCAGGUGUUCGUCAGGGCUACUGAUGUCGACGGUCCGGUGCAAGGAAAUGGGAAAGUGACGUAUUCCAUAAGUUCGCAUAACAGCAUGACGAAUGAUGUCUUCAAGAUGAACCCAGACACUGGAGAAGUGACAAUAGCAAAACCAGUACGCUCAGACGAUACUGAGAGAGGAAUUUACGAGCUGGUAAUUCGAGCUACGGACGCUGGAAAACCUCCAUUAUAUUCCGAAGCGAGACUAUCAGUCAGAGUGGGAGUACCUGGAAACCAGAAGCCCAUCUUCCGUGGUAAUUACAAAUCUAAUUUGCCCGGUCCCAGCGCUUAUCGAGCAAGAUUGUUGGAGAAUGCUUCGUCUGGAACGGAAGUAAUCAGAGUCGUAGCGAAUGACCCUGAUGGAAGGGACAGCUUACUGCAAUACCAUAUUGCUUCUGGUGCUAAGGAUAACUUUGUCAUAGACCCUAGUUCUGGUGUCAUCACAGUUUCCCCGGAUGCUCGUUUAGAUCUGGAAACAGGUGGCGACAAAUACGAAGUGAUAGUUUAUGCUAUUGAUUCUGGAACACCCGUUAGAGAAACUGCUACAACAACCGUUACAGUGAACAUGAUAGACGUGAACAAUAAGCCACCAAUGUUCAACGAAUCAACGUACCUCGUUUACGUAUCAGAGAGAGCAGCUAUAGGCGAACCAGUUCUAAAAGUAGCAGCGACAGAUCCAGAUUCAGAUGCUUAUUUAGAGUAUUCUUUAGUGGAACCUAUAAGAGCAAUGGACAAAACAGGGGUCGCCCUGAAGAACACCGCAUCAUACGAUUAUAAAACAGCGUUUCGAAUAAAUUCAACGACAGGACUCGUAACAGUGAACCGUAUGCUGGAUUAUCAAGUGGCUGCAGUGAUCAUACUCACGGUUCAAGUGGAGGAUUUAAAUGCUGUCGUUGAUAAAGAGAAGCAAGUUACGAGGGUGGAGGUGACGAUUUACAUUCAGGCAUACAGUGAUGACAAUCCAGCCUUCACGAAUCCUGGAUGGUCACCGAACAAUCCGACCAUCAGGAUCUCUGUCCCAGAGGAACAACCACUUGGAACUACUUUGCUUAUGUUGUCGGCCAAGGAACCUACCACUGGUUAUGCUGUCCAGAGAUUCGAGCUGGUUCGAGAAGAUGACGACGAAGGAUACGUUAAUGUUGGUGUUCAAAGUGGAAACGUUGUUCUGAGCAGGAGGUUGGAUUAUGAAGCUCUUAAUCAAAAGUUCAUUAGAUUCAAAGUAAGAGCUCUGGCAAGGGACUACGAAAUAACAAGAAAAAUGUCCGAGGCGAACGUGAUCGUCGAGGUUCAAGAUACGAACGAUAAUAGUCCCAUAUUUACUCAAAGUGACUACAAAAUUUCCGUUCUGGAAUCGGCACAACCAUCGAAAAUUGUGUUAAACGUUAAAGCGACAGACGUGGACAGUUCCAAUACGGAACAGGAAGUUAGACGAGGGUACGGUGAAGUGAGAUACUCCUUAAUUGGAGAGAACGCGAAUAUGUUCGAGGUGGAUCCGAUAAGUGGAAACAUUCAAAUAGCUGCCAAUACAACGCUUGAUAGAGAAAGACAAUCGGUUCUCCGUUUCUAUGUCCUUGCCUCGGACAUGCCUCAGGGUGGUGCAGAGCAAAGGAGCACUAGAGCUUUGGUGACAGUGGACGUUCUAGAUGUCAACGACAAUGCUCCAACCUUCGAUCAAGAAUUAUACACCGCCGUGAUACCUGAAAACGCUGCAGCAGGUGUCAGUGUGGUGAACAUCACCGCUACUGACCCAGACGAGGGCAAGGGAGGUGUAAUUAGUUAUGAAAUCAUAGACGAAGGUGAAGCAAAUGGAUUGUUUAAAAUAAACCAUACAACCGGGGAGAUUUAUUCUGCCAAAGCAUUAACAGGCAAAGGAAGAACUGAACCAUACAUGAUGAGGAUCAGAGCUCAAGAUGGUGGAGAACCAGAACUCUAUUCUGACGUGAUAUUAACACUUUACAUAGGCGAUGUAGUGAGCAACGAUGGUGUUCCCUUGUUCAUCAGACCCACCCUUGAAGAAGUAGCUCAUAUAGCUGAGAACUCAACAAUUGGUAGCCCAGUGUUCCAAGUGGUCGCCUCUGAUCCAGAUGAUCCUAACUUACCAAAUGGAAAAAUCACCUUCAAAUUUCUGGAGGAUGGUGAUUUCGGUAAGGACGCUAGUGCGUUCAGAAUAAACAGUGAGACUGGUUUGAUCACCACCAGGAAGUUGCUCGAUCGCGAAACUAAGGACAGUUACACAUUGAUAUUGGUAGCUCAGGAUCUAGGUAGUCCUCCUCAGCAAGCGACCAGGGUGCUUCAAGUAGUAGUGAACGACAUCGAUGAUCACAAGCCUCAUUUCAAAAGAAACUUAGACAGCCCACCGAUAGAACUGUCUAUCGUGGAGGAAGAGCCUGUGGGAACGAAGGUGGGAGUGGUCGACGCGAUCGACGAGGAUAUUGGUGAAAAUGGAAUGAUUGAUUACGCGAUCGUCUAUGGAAACGAGGCUAGUUUGUUCGUCGUAGAAAGACUGGAGAAUAACUCAGCAGUGAUUAAGUCGAAUGGUCGUCUAGAUAGAGAGACUGCUGAUCGUCAUCUACUGACUGUUAAGUGUUUCCCUUAUUCUGCUAAGAAGUCUGAUGUAGUCCCAAAGCCCUACAAUCGACAAGAUCCUUCCGAAAGACAGGUCCUCAUCAGAGUUCUAGAUAUAGACGACAACAAACCUAGGUUCAAGAAACAGAAUAUCACUCUGGGAGUACGAUUGAACGUACCCAUUGAUACUAGUCUCGUUACACUGGAGGCAUUCGACGCAGAUUCUGAUGCUCUGCCCAUAAAUUACAGCAUGGGCAAAGCUUCCUUUACAUCCCUGGUCGAUCCAUCCAUGUCCAAACGAGAGAUUCCCUCGCAUCUGACUCUGAAUCCUCAAACUGGUGAACUGAGAACCAGUGGCUCUAUGUCAGGAUACGCUGAUGGCUACAUGGAGAUCGUCGUUUCGGCUAACAAUUCCCUAACACCUAGCAGAGAGACGAACAUUACUUUGAGGAUAUUCCUGCUUCGUGACAGGGACAUGCUGAAGUUCGUGUUCUCUAAGCCACCAGUGGAGGUCAGAAAAACGUUGGAAGAUUUUGAGAAAGCUGUGCAGCAGGCAUUGUCUCUGCCCAUCAGUGUCAAUGUCUAUGAUACACAGUUUUAUUCCAAGGAUGAUAACUCUCUGGACUUCUCUUCGACUAGUUCCUGUUUCCAAAUGGUGGGAAAGGAGGCGUAUGACUUGGACGAGAUGAAGGCUUUAUUGACAGACCCGAAGAACGAGGAGUUGAAGAAGGUUUAUAGAACUUAUCACGUGGAGAAGGUGCAGCACUGUGCAGCUUUGGUGGCUCGCGCUGACGCCUCCAUGACUCAGAUGUGGGUGCUGGCUAUUGCAGCCCUCGUCGGUGUUGCCACGGUGGUUUCCAGUUGCACCUUGUGUUGCAUGCAUGCCAAAUACAAACGGCAAGCGAAACACGCUCGAUUGCGUGACCAACCACGUCCUCCUUUGAGUUAUGUCUCUUCCGGUCCAGGAAUGGUCAGUGCUACGUCGCAUACAACGUUAGGACCAGGAACCAUGGUUUCGUUAGGUCCUCACGAAGGUCCCUAUGAAUGGGGGGCGGAUACGACGUUGUACCACCCCAGUACUCUUGGAUCGAGAACCUAAAUGGAGUGUAAAAUGUUACAUUCAGAUCUGAAUUUCGAGAAUGAGAUAUUUGUUACCAAUCGAACAAUGUGACACUUAUAUUGGAAGAGUUUUUCACUUGCAUUGAAUGUGAUAUGAAAUUGAAUUCGUUCGUGUCUUGAGUGCCAAUACAAAAAUUCGACAGUUUCUGAAACUGUUUAAAACAACAGUAUAUAUUGAAUGAAAUGGAUUAUGAACGUCAAUCAAAGAUACAGUACAACUAAUUUUUUAAUUGCGACUUACUCAUUCGUUUUGAGGCUAGAUAGCUUCGAAUCAAAAUGAUUUCAUAAAAAUCAUUCUAUGGAAUUUGGUGAAUUUUAAUGAGACAAUUUGUGUGCUGAAUUGAUGUGCACUUUGAAACUGGAUAAAAUUGUGCAAUGAAGUCGACGAAUGGUGCUAUAAAGUAAGAUCGAAUAAUUCGUGCCAAACGCCGGUACACAUGUAAAGUACGACGAUAUUUUCUGUAGGAUAAGAGAAACUAACCCGCGUGAAUUGUAUAUUUCUUAAAUCGUACACGAUUCUUACUCACAACGUUCGCGACCAUGUCGUAGGAACUUCGCGUGUUCUAUUGUAAUAUAUCGUAAUAGUUAAGAAUAAAUCUGUACAUUUGA